AUGGGCUUACUUGCGCUGGGAACGGCGCUCGAGUGGCCCGAGGCCAAGAAACGCGCUGAUCAGGUCCGCGAAUGGGGCAUCAAGCAAUUGCUCGAAAUCUGGAACAAGGCCAAGGGCAAGGAACGCGAUGCCUUGCUCUGGGGGGAUGAGGUCGAAUACCUAGUUGUCAACUACAUCAAAGACAAUGAGAAGGUUUAUCUAUCUCUUCGCCAGGCCGAGAUUCUCAAGGCCCUCGCUGCAGACAAGGACCUUGCCAAAAAUGGUGGCUGUGUGCCGGAGCUGCAAGACACGGACAGUCAAAGGUUCGACCGGCCUAUCUUUUUGAUGCGAUUCUCCAAGGCUAACAGCUCCCUUCAAACCAGCACGCUGCCUGUUUUCCACCCAGAGUUUGGCCGCUUCAUGCUCGAAGCCACCCCAGGCAAGCCAUGGGGCAUUGGCUUCAAAGAGCUUCUCGGCGUCGAGCCUGACAUGAAGCUGCGUCGGAAAAUUGCCAAGGAGCAUAUGCUUGCUUCCGAAUACCCCAUCACACUCACCACCUAUCCCCGUAUUGGCGCUCCGGGGCAAUUCACUGACCCCUACUACCCUCCCUCUGGCGACAAGCUGCGGUCUCAGUUUGUUCCUGACGAGAUCGCCAACCCCCAUAUCCGUUUUCCCACGCUGGCCGCCAAUAUUCGCUCCCGAAGAGGCCGCAAAGUUCAAGUCAAUGUGCCCAUCUUUCAUGACAAGAAUACGCCCAACCCCUGGAAGGAUCCCACUGUCAAUUAUGACCUGCAUAAAUUCCCGGAGGAUGAUGACGUGCGCAACGGCGCCGCGCCGGACGACUUUAUCCACAUGGACGCCAUGGCCUUUGGUAUGGGCAGCUGCUGCCUGCAAAUUACAUUCCAGGCCAAGAAUAUCAACGAGGGUCGUACUCUAUAUGAUCAACUAAGCCCAUUAGGCCCCAUCAUGCUUGCUUUGACGGCAGCAACACCCAUAUACAAGGGUUUUCUCGCCGGCACGGACGUGAGAUGGAAUCAGAUCAGCAGAGCUGUCGAUUGCAGAACACCUGAGGAGCUGGGAGAGAAGCCGCUCAAGAAUGACCGCUGGAGGAUUCCCAAGUCACGAUACGCUUCGAAUUCUACUUACAUUUCUCUGGAUCACAGACUACGACAAGAGUACAUGGAUCCGGAUCUCGUAAUUGACCCAAAGAUCAAGGCAGAGCUCAUCGACGGCGGCAUGGACGACCGACUUGCCACACACUUUGCUCACUUAUUCAUUCGCGACCCUAUCGUCAUCUUCGAGGAGGAUUUGCAGGAGCUUGACCUCACCAAGACUGACCACUUUGAGAACAUUCAGUCAACCAACUGGCAGCACAUGCGCUUCAAGCCCCCGCCCGCAGAAAAUAACAUUGGAUGGCGUGUCGAGUUUCGUUCCAUGGAGAUUCAAGUUACCGACUUCGAGAACGCCGCCUUUUCCGUCUUCAUGGUGCUCCUCACCCGCGCCAUCCUUUCCUUUGAUCUCAACUUUUACAUUCCCAUCAAAAAAGUCGACGAGAACAUGGAGCGCGCGCACAACCUCGACGCCGUCCUACACGACAAGUUUUACUUCCGCAAAAACGUGUUUCCUAGUCGGCCGUCGCGUGCCAACACCGUCUUUGGCGACGACAAUAACACCAACACUAACGGCAACACCAACAGCAGCCGCCCAGGCUCCCGCUACCCCAGCCGCCCGAGCUCCCCCGGCGACAGCCCCGUUGACCUCGAGUAUGCGGAGAUGAGUAUCGACGAAAUCAUCAACGGCUCCGCCGACGGUGCGUUCCCCGGGCUGGUGCCCAUUGUCGAGAGCUACCUCGACAGCGUCAACGUCGACGUCGAGACGCGCUGCGAGCUCGCCACCUACCUGAGCCUCAUCAGCAAGCGCGCAAGCGGCGAGCUCGACACAGCCGCCCGCUGGAUCCGCAACUUUGUCGCCGCUCACCCGGCCUACCGUCAGGACAGCGUCGUCGGCGACGACAUCAACCACGACCUCAUCGGCGCCGUCAUUGAGCUCUGCGAGCGCGAGGCCGCCGGUCGCGACUUUGCCGGGCUCGGCAUCCCGGGCCUUCCCAGGCUCUUGGGCAAAUUUCGCGGUGGGUGCGGCUCCGAGGCGGAGGAGAAUGGUGAGGCGAAUGGCGAGGUGAAUGGUGCUGCACCGGCGGGGGAUGAGGCAGUGAUUCCGUCGACUGAAGCUGAGUCGCCGUUUAAGAAGCGGAGACUGGCUUGA